GGACCGACAGGCGGGCGGCUGCUGCGGUUGCUGUUGCUGCUGCUGCGGAGGCUGCCAGAGGUUGCGGGAGCUGAUCUCUGUCGGUUUGGCCAGAGGGUCUCGCCCCAGUCAUGGCUCUGCCGCGGGGGACCCCGAGUCGGCCUCUGGUCGGCUUCAUCUGCUUGGUCCUGGCUCAGCACCUGGUCCCGGCCACCAGCUGCCCCGAGGCGGACUUCGAAAAGCUCCUGCGCGAUGUCUGCCUCAGCAAGUUCAGGGGGGAAAUGGCGGGGAUUGAAAAGAAGUUCUGGUGCAACUGGGACUACACCUACAAGACGUACGGAGAGCUCACCAACUGCACCUUUUUCAUCGCCGAGAAGCUGUACUGCACCUGGCCCAACCUGCAGGUGAACGACUUCUUCCUCGCCAUCCACAGGCACUACUUCCGAGAGUGCCCCGUCACGGGCAGGGCCCUGAAGGACCCGCCCAGCAACAUCCUCUGCCCCUUCAUCAUCGGCCCCAUCUUGGUGACGCUCCUCGGGACGGCGCUGGUGGUGUACAAGAGUCAGCGCAACGAGGGCAUCGUGUAAGGCCUCGCCCGCCCGGCUCCGGCUCCUGGGGCUUCCACGUGCAUGUACCCCCCGCCAUCGUCGUCGUGACCCGAGACUGUGGGGCUGUCAGACCGAGGGAUGCUGGGAAGGAGGUGGGAAGGGAGCGGCUCUGAGGGGAUACUCUCUGCGGGGGAGGGAGGGCGGGCGAGGGAGAGAGCAUCGUGGGAGAAGACGCGAGCAGGCUGCAGACAGCCCUAUUCAUUCCCUCCCCACAACCUGCUCCCGAGUCACCCCAACAAUAUUUUUCAGUUGCUAACAGGAGAGAGUUCUACUUGACGUGAGCCCUAUCUUGUCUCAGCCGGCAGGGUCCACGAGAUUGGUUAAGGUUGGCCAAGGUUCCGUCAGGCAGAGAAGUUGUGAGUAUAAAUUAUUCCUUGGGAAGCCGUUGGGCAAGUGUUUCUCUUGAAGUGUUCAUUCUCCAGAUGUGAUCCUCCGACCUUUUGGUGUUUCCAUUGUAUAAAUGAUUUUAUUGUACUGUACACAUAAAACAAGCUGUGUUUGAGUGAUUAAAAGCUAUAAUCUCAAA